GCAGUCAACUAAUGAUCGAGAGAAAUUGUAUACAUGUCGGUUCAACCCAAGGUGCAGGUGUCGGGGAAACCUCGGCAGACCAAGAUCGAGAUAAUCGCUGUGUGUCGUUGGUUACUGGCGCUCCUCAGUUCACUUGUUUAUUCACUUAAAUUGGAGGAUCUACCUAAAAAAAAUUCCCCGUAGAAGGGGUGAUUGAUAUCCAUGAUGCCCUCUGUCCCAUCAGAUAAUUUUGAAACGAUGGGUUGAUGAAUGGAGUGAUUAUUUUUCUUGGAGGCUCGUUCCUCGGCCUCUUAAAUGGAGACCCGGAUCCCACUCACAGUCCAGUCUCUGCUGUGCCUCGUUCUUGAAUUUCUGUUAAUAUUCAAGUCUUCGGAACGAUUGUCAUUUUGAAUAUAGGCGCUUGUUGAAUCUUUACCUUUGACUCGCGUGCAAUAUGGCGAAGUACACCCAGGAUGCUAGUUUCUCUACUAAAGCUAUUCAUGAUGGAAACGAUCCGGACCAGUGGAAAUGCAGAGCGGUUGUUCCGUUGAUCUCAUUGUCCACGACGUUCAAGCAGAGUGCUCCUGGAGUUCAUAGCGGAUUUGAAUACGCGAGGAGUGGAAACCCGACGAGGAACUGUCUUGAGACGUGCCUAGCGAGUCUGGAGCAGGCGAAGCAUGCGCUAGUAUUCUCAUCUGGACUCGGAGCGAACACAGCUAUUUGCCAUCUGUUGGAAUCUGGCGACCAUAUUGUGGCGAUGGAUGAUCUUUAUGGCGGGACGAAUCGAUAUUUCCAGAAAGUCUUGUCUCCAAGUUACGGUGUCGGUGUGACUUUCGUCGAUAUGUCCGCAGAUGACAAAUCUGCGUUCAUCGCAGCACUGAAACCGAGCACCAAGAUGGUUUGGAUUGAAACUCCGACUAAUCCCACCCUCAAGUUGGUCGAUAUCGAAGCUAUCGCGAAGAUAGCUCACGAGAAGAAUCCGGAAAUGAUCGUGUGCGUGGACAAUACAUUCGCAUCUCCGUACUUCCAGAAGCCUUUGCUUCUUGGAGCUGAUCUGGUAGUCCACUCCUUGACGAAGUACAUCAACGGGCACAGCGACGUUGUCAUGGGAGCUGCCAUGACGAAUAACGAUCAAAUGCAUGAAAAGCUCAGAUUUCUGCAGAAUGCCAUCGGCAUUGUUCCGAGUCCGUUUGAUUGUUAUUUGGUGUGCCGGAGUGUCCGAACACUUGCACUCCGCAUGAAAGAACACGAAAAAAGUGCCACGAUUGUUGCCGAAUUCUUGUCGAAACAUCCGCUGAUAGAAAAAGUGUUGUACCCCGGAUUGCCUUCGCAUCCGCAACACGAACUUGCCAAGAAACAGAUGUUGGGGAAUAGUGGAAUGAUUGGUGCUUAUCUGAAGGGAGGGAAAUUAGAGGCCGAAAAAUUCCUUCAAAGCUUAAAAUUAUUCACUCUUGCCGAAAGUUUGGGAGGUUUUGAAAGCUUGGUUGAGUCGCCGAGUCUCAUGACACAUUUGUCCGUACCUGAAGACAUGAGACGCGAGCUUGGCAUUUCAGAUAGUUUCAUCAGAUUUUCUGUCGGAUUGGAAGACGUGAAUGAUUUAUUGAAAGACAUUGAUGAAGCGUUGAAGAAAGCCUGUUCUUGA